AUGGCUCCAAUGGCUCAAAUUGCCGAUGGCCCCGUCGCGGAGGGCACCUAUGGAUUCGUUUACGGAGUGUCAGGACCUGUAGUGACAGCUGAAAAGAUGGCAGGAUCGGCGAUGUACGAGCUGGUUCGUGUCGGUCACUCCGAACUGGUAGGCGAAAUCAUUCGUCUGGAAGGCGAUUUUGCGACGAUUCAAGUUUACGAAGAGACUUCAUCCGUUACGAUUGGCGACCCUGUGCUUCGAACCGGGAAACCUCUAUCUGUCGAACUUGGCCCUGGAAUUAUGGGUGCGAUUUUCGACGGGAUUCAACGUCCUUUGAAAGAAAUCGCCGAUAUGACAAAG